CCGGCGCUCGGAGGAGUCGCGGGGGAGCGGCGGCAUGGCCCGGGCGGGCGGCGGCGGCGUGUGCCGCUGCUGCUGCUGGGCGCUCGUCCUCCUGUGGGCGGCGGCGGGCGGCCGCGCAGAACUCCGCUAUGCAACUGUGUACUGGAAUAGAGCAGAAAAAAUACUUCAGGUCAAGAAUAUGCUGGACAGGAGUGGAGAUGCUUAUGGCUUCUACAACAACAGUCUACAGACAACAGGCUGGGGAGUCCUGGAGAUCAGAGCAGGCUAUGGCUCUCAGACCUUAAGCAAUGAAGAUAUUAUGUAUGUUGCUGGCUUCUUGGAAGGCUAUCUCACGGCUCCGCAAAUGUAUGACCAUGCUGCAAAUAUGUAUCCACAGCUAAUUAAGACUCCCACCAUUCGAAGAGGAGUUCAGAAUUUUAUGGCGAAGCAAGAUCAAUGGACAAGACAACAAAUCAGAAAUAAUAAGGAUGACCCAUUUUGGAGGCAUGCUGGCUAUAUUAUUGCACAGUUGGAUGGUCUGUACAUGGGAGCCCUCGAGUGGGCUAAACUACAUAAACUAACACCACUGAGCAACUUUGAUGUCCAGUUUCUGAAUGCGGUUGGAGACCUGUUGGACCUUAUUCCUGCAUUAUUUGAUUAUUCUGCACGGGGUGGGCAAUGCAAUGUGGAUUCAGGAGGCCAUGGGAGAUACCAGUGGGACAUGGGACACUGCUCUGCACUGAUCAAGGUUCUACCUGGAUAUGAGAAUAUAUAUUUUGCCCAUUCCAGCUGGUUUACUUAUGCAGCCACACUGAGAAUAUAUAAGCAUUGGAACUUCAAUAUAGUUGAUCCAUACACCAGCACUGGCCGUCUCUCAUUCAGUAGUUACCCAGGCUUUUUGGUGUCCCUGGAUGACUUUUACAUACUGGGCAGUGGAUUGGUAAUGUUGCAGACUACCAACAGUGUUUACAAUGAAACCCUCAUUAAGCAAGUGGUGCCAGAAUCCCUGUUAGCUUGGCAGAGGGUCCGCAUUGCCAACAUGAUGGCAAAUGAUGGCAAAACUUGGGCAGAGACCUUCUCAAAGUGCAACUCUGGAACCUACAACAAUCAGUACAUGGUUCUAGACCUGAAGAAGGUCAAGCUGCAGAGGAGCCUUGAUGAUGGUGCAUUGUACAUUGUUGAGCAGAUCCCAACCCUUGUGGAGUAUUCUGAUCAAACAAAUGUUCUCCGGAAAGGUUACUGGCCUUCAUACAAUAUCCCUUUCCAUGAAAAGAUUUACAAUCUCAGUGGGUAUGCAUCAUACGUUGUCAAGUACGGCAUGGAUUUCUCCUAUGAGCUUGCUCCAAGAGCCAAAAUCUUCCGUCGAGACCAGGGCAAGGUGACCAGCUUGGAAAGCAUGAAGUACAUCAUGAGAUACAACAACUAUCAGCAUGAUCCUUAUGCUGAACACAAUCCUUGCAACACCAUUUGCUGCCGGGAAGACCUGAAUCCUUCUUUACCAGUGCCUGCAGGCUGCUAUGACUCCAAGGUGUCGGAUUUCCGCCUGGCUGCGGCGUUCACGGCCUCGGCCAUCAACGGCCCUCCGGUGCAGGGCGGUCUCCCGGUCUUCAGCUGGAGGCGGUUCAACCGCACGCGGCACCAGGGCCUGCCCGAGUCGUACAACUUCGAUUUUGUCACCAUGAGGCCCAUCCUGUGAAACCAGCGUCAGUAUCUACAAGUGGAAUUUUUUUAAUGGAAAUUUUAUUUCUUGUGUAAUAAAUCGACCUGGGUGUCCACAUCCCUGUGCCUUA